AACCUAGUGUGCGGCACCGCCGCUCGCCGCGCGUAAAGAUCAGCCUAGAAUAUCGUCUCGGGCAGCGCCGAGACCGCCAGACGCCCGCCGACGCGCCUGGCGACGAGUGGUCGACGGCUGCCCCAGAACAAAACAAAUGGCAGCCACCACAGCCUCCAUCCUGGAGCGCACGGCCGUGGCCGCCGCCGACGCGAAUAGCGUGGACCUCGACGUCGUCGCGAAUAACUUGGCAAGUGCGGCGCAGCGCGUCCGCGUGCUGGAGAAGCGCCGCGCGAAGAGCGCCCGCGCCGCGUUCGCCGCCGCCGCGCGGAAGCGGCGCCGCCCAACGCGACGCACCGCGCCAGUACCACGGCCAAUCAACGCGCCGAAAACGCUGCACGAGGCCCUGGCCGCGCCGCCGCCCGGGAACACCGCGUCGACCGCGCCGCCGCCCGCCGACGGCCCCGCCGCGCUCGCGGUCAUGGCCGAAGCGCGCCGGGCCGAGAUCCAACACGCGACGGAGGCCGUGCGCGCCGCGCGCGCCGCCCCGCACGCGCCGCAACCCUCACAGUCCUUCACGGCCCUCGUCGGCGACUUUUUGCGGCCCAUGGUCGCGGCGGUGGCGGACGACGCGGCGCCCGACGAGCCCGGCGGUUGGUUGGAUGUGGCCUUGGAGCGUGGCUGGGAGCGGCGCUGGUGCGCGGUGGUCAGCGGGCCGCACGGGCCCCGGCUCGAGAUUGGGAAGAGCCCCGGCGCGCCUCCGGACGACGUCGCUUUAUUGGUCGGCUGCGAGGUCGAAGCCGCCGACGACGGUGACCGCUUCGCCUUCCGCGUGGCGCACGCGCACCAGCGGACGCGCGUCCUUGCGGCGCGGAACAAGGACACGCGGCGGCAAUGGGCGUCGACGUUGAGUGGCGCGGCGCGGACUCACGCCGCGAAAGCGAGAGAGCAGGACCUCGCGGCGCCCGCGGCGCGCCGGCGGCUGUUGGCGGCGGAGCGGCGGCUCGGGGUCGCGGUGGAGCGGGGGCGGGUUGAGGAUGGGUAA